AGUGAUGAGGUGAGAGUAUAAAAGCGAGUGUGGUGGUUGUUCCGUGCUCCAUUGGCCGAGCCUAUUCAUUUCAUUUGCCUCUCACUAGUCAAUUCCUCUUCUCUUCUCCGCAACUCCUUCUUCUUCGUCCAAAACAAUGGCUUUCCAGAAGAUCAAGGUCGCCAAUCCCAUCGUCGAGAUGGACGGUGAUGAAAUGACAAGGGUUUUCUGGCAAUCAAUUAAGGACAAGCUUAUCUUCCCAUUCUUGGAUUUGGAUAUCAAGUACUUUGACCUCGGCCUUCCUAAUCGUGAUGCGACCGAUGACAAAGUUACCGUUGAGAGUGCUGAGGCUACGCUUAAGUACAAUGUAGCAAUUAAAUGUGCAACAAUUACCCCAGACGAAGCUCGUGUGAAGGAAUUUAACUUGAAGCAUAUGUGGAAGAGUCCAAAUGGUACCAUUAGGAACAUCUUGAAUGGAACCGUGUUCAGAGAACCGAUCCUUUGCAAGAACAUUCCUCGUCUUGUCCCAGGGUGGACAAAGCCGAUAUGCAUUGGAAGGCACGCUUUUGGUGAUCAAUAUCGAGCAACUGACACAGUCAUUAAAGGAGCUGGCACACUGAAGUUGGUGUAUGAGCCAGAACAAGGUGAGAAGACGGAAAUUGAGGUUUUCAAAUUUACAGGAGCUGGCGGGGUAGCUUUGUCCAUGUAUAACACCGAUGAGUCCAUCCGUGCUUUUGCCGAUGCUUCUAUGAACACUGCCUAUGAGAAGAAGUGGCCUUUAUAUCUUAGCACCAAAAAUACUAUUCUUAAGAAGUAUGAUGGAAGAUUCAAGGACAUAUUCCAAGAAGUUUACGAGGCCAACUGGAAAUCAAAGUUUGAGGCUGCUGGAAUCUGGUAUGAGCAUCGUCUCAUUGAUGAUAUGGUGGCUUAUGCACUCAAGAGUGAAGGAGGUUAUGUUUGGGCAUGCAAGAAUUACGAUGGAGAUGUACAGAGUGAUUUCUUAGCUCAAGGGUUCGGAUCUCUUGGAUUGAUGGCCUCUGUACUGGUUUGUCCUGAUGGGAAGACUAUCGAAGCAGAAGCAGCCCAUGGUACAGUUACAAGGCAUUACAGGGUUCACCAAAAAGGUGGUGAAACUAGCACAAACAGCAUUGCUUCAAUCUUUGCUUGGUCUCGAGGGCUUGCUCACAGGGCAAAUUUGGACAACAAUGAGAGACUCCUGGAUUUCACUCAGAAGCUGGAAGCUGCUUGUAUUGGAGUAGUGGAAUCUGGGAAGAUGACCAAGGACCUUGCUUUAAUUAUCCAUGGAUCUAAGCUUAGUAGGAAGCAUUAUCUGAACACAGAGGAGUUCAUCGAUGCUGUGGCAGCGGAACUGAGAGCAAAACUUUCUUCCUAGGCAUCAUUGUAUGGCCAGGUAUGCAAAGUGACAUGAAAGAAAAGUUAGUCUAAGUUGGGGAUUAUUGAGACGAAAUAAAGAAUGUUGGGGCAAUGAUGGAAGAGUGGCUCUCUGACCCCCUGGUGAGAGGUUGCUGUUUCUGGGAUUUAUUACUUUGGUUGAGAGGAGAAUUGAGGUUGUUUCUUUUUUGUUUUAUGCCCAAGACGUUUGAGGUUUUGAAUUAAUCACAUUUUAACUGUCAAUUUUAUAUUUGAGGAAAAAGAAAUUUUUUUCAUCAGUUUAA